AUGAAAAAUUUUGCGGGCGGCCUGUUCUACAAAAACUCCUCUGACAAAGCAUCAAUCCUGGCCAUCCUCCAGGUCCUCAGCGAUCUGCUUUCUGUUGGCACAGACCGGAGGAUUUACUACAUGAUCAGCAAAGGUGGCAGUGAAGCCCUUCUGCAGACUCUGGUGGACACAGCAAGGUCCGCUUCUCCUGACUAUGACAUCCUUCUUCCUCUCUUCAGGCUGAUGGCCAAAGUUGGCCUAAGAGAUAAGAAGUUUGGACAGAAGGCACUGGAAUUAGAAGCACUUGAUGUGACCUUGAUUCUGGCCAGGAAAAACCUAUCUCACAGCCACAACCUCCUCCACUGUCUCUGGGCACUACGUGUGUUUGCCUCCAGUGUCACCACAGGAGCCAUGCUGGGCAUUAACGGAGCGAUGGAGCUGCUCUUCAAGGUCAUUUCUCCUUACACCCGAAAGCACACCAUGACAAUCAGGGCAGCCACUGAAGUUCUGGCAGCAUUGCUGAAAUCCAAGUCUAACAGCCGCAGGGCAGUGAACAGAGGCUAUGUCACCAGCUUGCUCAGGCUACAUCAGGAUUGGCACAGCCAUGAUGUGACCGACACCUAUGUGCUGAUCCGCCACGGGCUCCUGCUCUGUCUCAGGCACAUUGUCACCCUCCGGUCCGGCAGGGAGGCCUUCCUGGCAGCCCAUGGCAUGGAGACUCUCUUCAGCAUUGCACAGACCUGCCUGGACAAGAAGAGCACGGAACCUGUGACCUCUGUGGUGCUUCAGAUCCUCAGGCAAUGCUACCCCGAGAGUCCACUUCCCCUGGUCACAGCCACUAGUGCCUACACCUUCCCAGCUCCCGGGAGCACCAGCUCAGGGCUUCCACAAGCUCUAACUGAAGAAGAUUUUGAAGAUGAUGGUGAGGAGGAGAUUGACAAAGACUCAGAUGUGGAGGCUGUGAAAGAAGAUGAUGACUUGGAAACUGAUAUGAACAAACUGAGUUCUAAACCUGGUCUUGACCGACCUGAGGAGGAGCUGGCACAAUAUGAUGCUAUGUGUCCUGAGCUCUCCUGUAGCUUUGAGGAACUAGAACCCAAAUAUGGAGACGGUUUGACCCUCGAGGACACUCUGUAUGCCAAUCACAACCACAUUCCAAAUGCUGCCUCUCUAAGACAACAGUGCUUCAUCAGGGAGCCCAGCUCCUGGGGACGAGGAAGAGAAGACACAGUCCACACUUCCAUUCUGGACACGGUGAAGUCAGGGAAAUCUAGGAUACAGCCGUCUUCCAAACAAAGGCAUCUAACAAAUGCGAACCGAAGUAUACAACAAAAUGGCUUGGGGAUAGAUUCUUCUGGACACGAUACCUCUGGCAUCCAGGUUUCCCUAGAAGAGGCUGCUUGGGACAUAGAAUCAAUUUCUUCCCCAAGGAUAACUUCCUCAUUUUCCAACUUCCCUGAGCCAGAGGAAAGCAAUGAAGCCACAGAGAAGCUUCUGCACACACAUCCCAAGCAUACACCUUUCCAUGAUCCUCGUCUUUAUAUGGCCCAUGCUAUGAGAACCAGAUCUGCUGUGGGAUUUGAGACGAUGGCAUUUCCUGAUUUCUGGGGGCACUGUCCACCUCCCACGGCUCAGCCCAUGCUGAAUCGCAAAUGGGGAGUACAGAGGAUCAAGAUCCUUGAGGAUGUCCGGAGGUUCCUCCAGCCAAGUGAUGUUAUAAACAAAGUUGUCUUCAGUUUAGACGAGCCUUGGCCUGUGCAAGGCCCUGUUGCUGAUUGCUUAAGAUUCUACUCCAAGUUUGAAUCAGGAAAUCUUCGAAAAGCCAUCCAAGUGCGCGAGUUUGAGUACGACUUGUUGAUCAAUGCUGAUGUGAAUAGCUCCCAGCACCAGCAGUGGUUCUACUUCAAGGUGAGCGGCAUGAGGGCUGCCAUCCCUUACCGCUUCAACGUCAUCAACUGUGAGAAACCCAACAGCCAGUUCAACUAUGGGAUGCAGCCGACCCUGUAUUCUGUGAAAGAGGCUCUUCUCGGCCGACCUGCCUGGAUACGGACAGGCUCUGAAAUUUGUUACUACAAAAACCACUAUCGUCCGAACGCAGCUACCGUGGACGGAGCACCUGGGAAGCACUAUUACACCCUCACCUUCACUGUCACCUUUCCACACAAUGAGGAUGCCUGCUACCUGGCCUAUCACUAUCCCUACACCUAUUCCAGCCUCAUGACUCACCUUGAAAUUCUGGAGAGAAGCAUUGAUCCCAGGCAAGUCUACUUCCGGCAAGACAGUCUCUGCCAGACGUUGGGAGGGAAUCCAUGUCCAUUGGUGACUAUCACUGCCUUUCCUGAAUCUAACAGUGCCCAGCAUCUGGAGCAGUUCCGCUGUCGUCCAUAUCAGGUGAUCACAGCCAGAGUUCACCCAGGAGAGAGCAAUGCCAGCUGGGUGAUGAAGGGGACCUUGGAGUUUCUGGUCAGCAGUGACCCUGUGGCAAAGCUCUUGAGGGAAAACUUCGUGUUCAAGAUCAUCCCUAUGCUCAACCCAGAUGGAGUCAUCAAUGGCAAUCACAGAUGCUCACUGAGGGGCGAGGAUCUCAAUAGACAGUGGCUUCUUCCCCAAGCUCAUCUCCAGCCAACCAUCUACCAUGCCAAAGGUCUUCUUCACUAUCUGAGCAGUAUUGGCCGGGGGCCUGUGGUUUUCUGCGACUUCCAUGGUCACUCCCAAAAGAAGAAUGUAUUCCUUUAUGGUUGCAGCAUAAAGGAAACUCUGUGGCAAGCAGGCUGUACUGUGGGUGGAGCUGCCCUCCUGGAGGAUGUCAGCUACAGAAUGCUUCCUAAAAUCCUGGACAAGCUAGCACCAGCAUUCACCAUGAACAGCUGCAGCUUUCUGGUGGAAAAAUCACGAGCCUCCACUGCCCGGGUAGUGGUAUGGAGAGAGAUAGGAGUUUCCAGAAGCUACACUAUGGAGAGCAGCUAUUGUGGCUGUAACCAGGGCCCCUACCAGGGACUACAGUUUGGUACCAGUGAACUGGAGGAAAUGGGAGCCAUGUUCUGCUUGGGCCUCUUCAUCUUGGAGCUGAAAUCUGCAAGCUGUAGCCAUGAGCUCUUGGCUCGAGCUACAACUCUGCUGAAUGCAGAUGUUCUGGACCACUACCUCCAGCGAUGUGGCAGCAGCAGCAGUAGCACCAGCAGAUCCUCUGAGGUCGAUGAUGAGCCAUCCUGCAUGGAGGAGAUUAACUACAGUGCAGACAGCAGCUCAGACCCAGAACCCAACUUCACUGAGCUGGACCGGCAGAUCCAGGAGUGUGCCUUUCACAAGGAUGAAGAAGAGGAAAAAGAGGAAGGGACAGGGUGGAGAAGAAGAUCUGUCCCCCAGUCCUGAGGUUCAGUG